AUGGCCGUACUGCCUCCACCGCCGCCGGUUACUGAACAACAAAAACCUACCUCACAACUUCUUGUCAUUGUGACGGGCGCUGACAGCGGAAUGGGCAGGGCAAUCGUUGAGGUGGCCGCCUUUCGCAUGAGGGCAAAGGUCAUCUUCACGGUACAAAAGAAAGAAAACGGUCAAUCGCUGGUGGAUGAAAUUUGCAUGAAAAAUCCUACCGUUGUACAACGGCAAAACUUGAUCUCGUUGAGGCUUGAUCUUGCUUCAUCUGAUUCGGUUCGCCUCUGUGCGGCGGCUAUUUCAACUCACUGUACGGCAGCGUGCAGCGUACGGCUGAUCAACAACGCCGGCGUGCUUUGGACAAACAACAACAGCAACAACAUUAUCAAGCAAGGAAGCGUUUCUGGCGUCGACUACCACUUUCAAGUGAACUACCUCGGCCACUUUCUGCUGACCAGCCUUUUGAUGCCAUGUCUGCUGAGGGCCAGAUCAGCUCGAGUGGUGAACGUCAGCUCCGUGGCUUACCUUCUUGGCUAUCCUCUCUUUGAUGAAACUUCUGAAAACAAUGAAACCAGCCCGAAACUGAACCAGUUCUACGUUCCGCCAGACAAGCCACUGAAGCAGCUAAAAGCGUACGGUCGCAGCAAGUUGGCCAUUCUCCUCAGCACACGGCUAUGGGCGGAGAAGAUGAAAUCACUGGGAAACACUGAUAAAGAGGGCCCUAAAGUUCAGUUUUACGCCGUCCACCCGGGCGGCACUCGAACGGCCAUGAUCCUCAGCUCGCCCCUCUCUCGGGUCCUGGUCCGUCUGCUGGGCCGACCGACGAUGCUCAGUCCGAUGAUGGGCGCCCAGACAACGUUACACUGCGCCUUUAGCGAAGAGGUGGCCACUCAAUCAGGAUUUUACUACGAGUAA